GAUUUCUUCUUUGUACUUCUCACGACCUUCUCGGACAAGCGACUUGUUUACAUUUUAAAACUGCGACGAAGAACAAUAAUAUCAACAUGGCUCUCGCGCAACGUCUGCAAAAAGAACUCAUGGACCUAAUGCUCCACCCCACACCCGGCAUCUCCGCCUUCCCGUCGGACGAGAACAUGUUGCUCUGGACCGCCACCAUCGACGGCCCCUCCUCCACCCCCUACGAAUCGCUCGUCCUAAAACUCACCUUCGAUUUCCCCACGAACUACCCGUACGCGCCGCCAACCGUGCUCUUCAAGACGCCCAUAUACCACCCCAACGUUGACUUUUCGGGCCGCAUCUGCCUGGACAUACUCAAGGAUAAGUGGAGCGCGGUGUACAAUGUGGGCACGGUGUUGUUGAGCUUGCAGAGUUUGCUUGGGGAGCCGAAUAAUUCGAGUCCAUUGAAUGGGCAGGCGGCGGAGCUGUGGGAGAAGGAUAUGGAGGAGUACAAGCGAUUGGUGCUGGCGAGGCACAAGACGCCUGAGGAGCUGGACGCUUGAGCGCUGCUGCGGGUCCUGGUGAUGGGCUACAGUGACGGCUGUGUGGGUGCCCCGUAGGCAACUUCACGGCGUCCGUCACACUGUCAAGCCUGGUCGCCCCAUGCCGUCUUUUGGGGCUGAUUCACUUCAGCACUGUCCACUGGUUCGAUCGCUGGAGCAAGCGCGGCUGUUGUCUUCGCCAACCCUUGACGCCUUUGGACGGCGAUGCAGCCAGGUCUGAGAUUCGUUAUUCAUUGAGCGCUUGGUUUCUCCUUCUGUUUCAUUCACCCUGGCGCUGUGUGGCAUAUGCAUAGCGACGGAGUUCAAAGUCUUGGUUAGCAAACACAUCAGGCGCACGACGCGCUUCGACGUAGGUCGUGCAUCUAUCAGCUUACCUUUGGCCUGCUCGCAAACA